AUGUUUACUUCCCACUCUACCGGCUUCCCUAUCACCACCUACUCUGUACCCGGCGAAGCCAACAAACGAGUGUCUUUUGCCCGUGGGCAACAACAUGACCAAGCUGACAUCUCUGACACCAUAGAACUAAUGUCAGCCAGAAACGCCUAUGUCUAUCUAUUUUACAAAACAGAAAAAUGCUACCCCAAUGCAUACCAUGCUUUUUCUUCCAUGCAUACCUUCCUUGCCAUAGACCUCGUAGCUGAUGAACUCUUAAAAGCCAUAGACUCACUACAUUUGUUGGAAAGCAAACAUUCGCUGCUCAGCAGUCCGGACUCGAGUAUCCGUCGGGCACUCUGGAUGGAAAAGUUAGUUUUGGAAUCUUUGCAACGAUGCUUGAGGAUGAACUCCUUGAGUGGGCAGACGGACGCGGCAAAGGCAUAUUUGGAAUUAGGCGGGAGGACCUUGUUAACAGAAGCACACACGCGGAUAGAGCGAGAUGGUUGUUUGAGUACUCCUCCACCUGGUUUGUCCCACCGGUCCCUAUUGUACCCAGAUCGGACCAGUGUUACCCCGGAGCGCACUUACCACAUUGUUACCCGACAACCUCCGCCCACCCAGUUAGCGGAAAAAUACAUUCCCACCAUCCCAACCAGCCCGAUCUCACAAGAGUUGAGCACCUCCAGUCCCCGUUCCACUGGGGGAAACCCAAAACCACAGCCACCCCAGUCGCCUCCACCUUGA